GCUUCAAACGCCGAGAGUGGGUUCGGAUCCUGCCUUCCCCGCCGGGCAGGGGGCUAGCGCGCCCUUCCUCGCCUAUUGAGAAUGGUGGUGCCUGGGCCGUAUCCUGCCAAGCACCUGCCGGGUACCUAACACCCCUUCUUACCGCUGCCGCUAUUGCCUUGCUCCUCCCAGACAUGAUAAACAGCUGAUGUGACACCCCCCCCAUGGGAUUACCAGCUUAAAUGUGUCCAGUUUAGACCCUAGGGAUGCGCAACAACAGCAACCUGCCGUUUGUCAUGGAUUACGACAAUGACACGUGGCCUGAGUACCCUCUGCAUCUCUUCCCUGUGCCACUGCUCACUGCCGUCACCGUCACCUGCGGACUCCUCUUUGUGAUUGGGAUUCUCGGAAACAUGAUGACCAUGCUAGUGGUCUCCAAAUUCCAAGAUAUGAGGACAACCACCAACUUGUACCUUUCCAGCAUGGCUUUCUCAGAUCUGUUGAUCUUUCUGUGCAUGCCCCUGGAUCUUUUCCGCCUAUGGCAGUACCGGCCCUGGAAUUUUGGGAAUGUUCUCUGCAAGCUCUUCCAGUUUGUCAGCGAGAGUUGCACCUAUUCCACCAUCCUCAACAUCACCGCCCUGAGCGUGGAGAGAUAUUUUGCCAUCUGCUUUCCUCUCUGGGCCAAGGUGGUGAUCACCAAGGGCAAAGUCAAGUUGGUCAUUCUAGUGCUCUGGGCCAUCUCUUUUGUCAGCGCAGGCCCCAUCUUUGUCUUGGUUGGGGUGGAGCAUGAGAACGGGACCGAUCCAUUGGACACCAGUGAAUGCCGAACCACAGAGUAUGCGAUCCAGUCGGGGCUCCUGACUAUUAUGGUGUGGACCUCUAGCAUCUUUUUUUUCCUACCUGUGUUUUGCUUGACUGUCCUUUACAGUCUCAUUGUGAGGAAACUCUGGAGGAGGAAAAAAAAGGACAUUGGGCCGAAGACAUCCAUUAGGGACAAGUACAACAGGCAAACUGUGAAAAUGUUAGCUGUGGUGGUCUUUGCUUUCAUCCUCUGCUGGCUGCCCUUCCACAUAGGACGGUACCUAUUUUCCAAAUCCUUUGAAGAAGGAUCCUUGGAAAUAGCUGUCAUCAGCCAGUACUGCAACUUGGUCUCGUUUGUCCUCUUCUACCUAAGCGCUGCCAUCAAUCCGAUCCUAUACAAUAUCAUGUCGAAGAAAUACCGGAAAGCAGCUUACAAGCUCUUUGGAAUUAAGCCGCCCAGGAAGAAAAGACUCUUGGUAACGAAGGAGGUUGGAUCCCACACGCGGACAGAGUCCAGUCUCAUAGAAACAUGACAAUGUCAGCUGGUUGCGAUUGACAGCUGAAGCCAUAACAUAAAGGGAAAUGUGUUUUGGGUGAACAGGAUGCUGUGCUGUUACUGUUUGUUUUCGCAUUUUUCUCUCCUCCAGGGUUCAAAUUGGCUGCAGUUUCAAAUGCAGAGGGUGAUGGCCACGAAAAAACGUGAAAAGUGAUGAGCAGAUUAUGAUAUGUUGCUGCUGAAGGCUUGGUUAGAGGUUGGGAAAAUAGCAGCUGUCUGGGAAUUGAUCUUGGAUGAACAUGCUGUCCUUUCUUGUAUCACCUGGUUGGGUGAGACUAGGGUAGUGGUAGGCACAUGAUGGUGUUCGUCAGGGUUUAAAAUCCUUCCCUGCUGUAAAUUACCCCCCUUGGCUGUCUAUGCAGUAGCAGAAGCCGCAGGGAGAAAGACCUGGAGGGUGGGGAGGCAAAGAUCUUAGGUGGCAGGUUCUCUAACCAGGUGCCCCACUCCACAAUCUUUCAGUUUGGGAUGUGUGUAGAUGAAGAUGGGGACCGGGACAGAAUUUGGAUUCUGGCCCCUACCCAAAAGUCUUACUUCCUGAACCAGCUCUCAGAACAGUGCUGGAUUUCUCUCAGUUUAUUGUGUGGGGGAAUCUCCUGUAUCCAUGUUGAGGCUACCCCACUGAGGAUUGGCUCAGGAUCCAGCAACUAUGGAUCUGUCCCACUCGGUCCCUACUCAUAAGGCAGGACACACUCAGGGGUGUGGUUUUCUGUGCACAACGGAUGUUUCUACAGUUUUAUUGUCAUUAAUCCAUCCCCUUUUGGUAGGGUUUAGUUGCAUUGGGAUAUCAACCCUGAGUGCUCACUUGGAAGGACAGAUCCUGA